AUGGCAGUGAAGGUGUACGGGUGGGCUAUCUCGCCGUUCGUGUCGCGGGCUCUACUGGCCCUCGAGGAGGCCGGCGUCGACUACGAGCUCGUCCGCAUGAGCCGCCAGGCCGGCGACCACCGCCGCCCGGAGCACCUCGCCAGGAACCCUUUCGGGAAGGUGCCGGUGCUCGAGGACGGCGACCUCACGCGCUUCGCCUUCGCCAUGGAUUCCUGCCGGUGGAGCCUCGAUCGCCGCUCGGAGGAGGUGCUCGCACACGCUCGACGCUCGCCGGUCUCCGCGGACGUCGCGCCGGUCUCCGCGGACGUCGUGCCGCACGCUCGCCCACGGUCGACGCUCGCCGCGCACACCGUCUCAGCCUCGCUGGUGGUGUCGGACUCCGACGAGGUGCUGCAGGACUCCGACGCGGUGCUGCCGGACUCCGACGAGGUGCUGCAGGACUCCGACGCGGUGCUGCCGGACUCCGUCGAGGAGGUGCCCGACUCCGAUGAGCUGCUGCCGGACUCCAUCGAGGUGCACCUGGAGUACGAUGCGGUGCUGCCGGACUCCGUCGAUGUACUGUCGGACUCCGACCAGCUGGACGAGGUGGUGCAUUGUCCUCGCUGUGGCACGUUCCGUGCCGGUGGCGUCUUCGGAGAGGAAUGCUACCAAGCUCGCCGCGAAGCUCGCCGGUGUGCCCGUUGUGGCCUCUUACAUGAAGACUACGAUAUGAUAGCAAAGUGGUUGGACUACCUGGACAAGUUCGACUGUGAGAUCUACAUCCCAGAUGUCUCCAAACUUCAAAUGGAUGGUAACACCAUCAUUCUGCCAGAGCACGUCAUCAACAAGUUGGACAAGAUCAGAGAUGCAAAGAAGUUGGAACUUGCAAAGCUCAAACAAGAUGCAAACAAAGAACAAUAA